AUGAAUCAUUCAAAGACGCUAAUUUUAAAUGCAAAAACCCCCAUGCUUAGAAAUAGCUAUGUUAAUGUGUUAAACAGAUUUUAUAUCAGAAAUCAUUUCACUACAGACAGUGAUCAUAAAAAUAAAGGACCCGGCAAAAGUGGAAAAUAUGAAAAUGUUAAAGAAAAAAAGCCAAAUGGUCUACAAAUUGAUUGCGAAAUAAAAAGUCCAUUAAAAGAAUUUUUAAAUGCAAACACUGCCUCGAGAGUUUUUGUUUUAAAAUAUGCCUGGAAAUAUAUCAAGGACAAUAAUUUGCAAAAUCCAAACAUGAAAAGAAAAAUUAUACCCGAUGAAAAAUUAAAGCAAAUACUGGAAAAGGAUGAAGUGGAUAUGCUUGAAGUUCCUAAACUAUUGUUUAAACAUAUGGCAUCCAUUCGAAAAGAUUAA